AUGGAGGUUAAUGGCACCUUAGUGGAGUGCAAGCGUGGGGAAUCCGACACUGUCGUCUUCCGUUUCCUCAUUCUCGACGCCCCGUCGCCGAGCAGUGUUCCCACGUACGUGAAGCUGCUGCAGAAGCACAACGUGCGGCACAUAGUACGUGCGUGCGGCCCUACGUACAACUUGGAGGUCUUCGCGAGACAUGACAUUCAGGUGCAUGCCUGGACUUUCGACGACGGCGCCCCGCCCACGCAGGUCGUCAUUGACAACUGGCUCGAACUGCUGGAGCAGGAAAAGAAUAAAAUUCCACCAGAGACCAUUGCUGUGCACUGUGUGGCGGGCCUUGGUCGAGCUCCCAUUCUGGUGGCACUGGCGCUUGUCGAGUACGGCGGGAUGCCGCCGCUGGACGCGGCUGGCUACGUGCGGGAGCGGCGCAAGGGCGCGAUAAAUCAAGUGCAGCUCAACUGGCUGAUGCGCUACAAGCCGCGGCACGUCCAGAACCAGGAGGGCUCUCUGGCAUGCACAAAAUGCGCCUUGAUGUGA